AAGAUGUGUAUCCUGGGUGUGCAUCUCUUUCCUCCGUGCAUAGGGGAGGGCAGAGAGGACGGGGUGAAUUCCUGACAGACGCGGACACACAAACACUGUCCCACCAUCCACCCUCUCUCCAUGCUGGCCUCAGCCACACCAGCAUCUCCACCUGUGGUGGGAGGGGGGACACAGGUGACACUCACAGGCACCCCAAUGCCAGCCUUUUGGCUCAGCAAGGGGACCCCAGAACCUCUCACACAGGGAUGGAGGGGUGGCUGUGACCACCCUAAUUUCAGUGGGGACCUGCUGGUUGUCCACUGUCUCCCGGGCUGGGUCAGGAGUCCUUGUGGGGCUGUUCCAUGGGACACACAUUGCCCUGGUGUCCUUGGGUCCGUCCCCAGCUGUGGGGCACCAGGGGGGUUGUGGGGUCCAGGGGUAUCUGAGGGGUAUGAGAAGUCAUUCUGCUCCAGAGGAAAUAGGACUGCUGUCUGUGCCAUAGGGCUUCUUAGGAGCUUUGGAUUGAGUUGGGUGUUAGAGCUGGGGGGGUUUCAAGGCCGGGGGGCUCAGUUAGGAGCCCAGGUGGGUCAUUGUGGAUGAUUGGUGUGGCAGAUCCAGGAUGCUCAGCUCAGGGAUAGGGUUAUGGUUAGGGUUAGGAUUAGGGUGCCAUGGGGGUGCCAUGGGGCAGUGACCAUGGGGAUGCUGGGACAGGGGACACCCACUGCUCCCCUCCAUGGAGCAGGGCAGCCAGAGGUGAGAGCAGCCUCUCCUGAGGUAUUGGGCAUUGCUGUGGGCACAAGGAAGGCCAGAUCAGGGUCCAAGUCUGGGUCUGGAUCAGCAAGGCCAAGCUGCAGCUCUGAUGGGGUCGAGCACAAGAUUCCCAGGUCAGAGCAGCUUCCCAGGGCAGGGCUGGCCCCAGCCAUGGCCUCCCUGCAGUGGGGAUUACAGAAGUCAUUGCCACACCAUAAGCAGCCAUCCCUGGCUGUGCUGCUCUGGGCUGGUCCUGAGUCUGUUUCCAAAACUCCAGGAGCAAUGAUAUUCCAAGGACAGGAAUGGACACCCAUCCUAAUUCCACAGACUGAUGCUCAAGGAAUGUCCCCAUCAUGCAUCAAGGCCAGGUUGGACAGGGCUUGGAGCAUCCUGGGAUAGUGGAAGGGGUUGGAAUGAGAUGAAUUCUAAAGUUCCUUCCAACCCAAACCAUUCCAUGAUUCCAUGUAUCUCUCUGAGAGAUGACACCAGCCCCCAUGUCCCUCAUGUAUCCAACCACAAUUCCCAUUCUCCUCUCCAGGAUCCAGCUCCAGGAGCUUUGGUCUCUCUGAGCAAUGCACCAGCACCACGGAGACACAUCACAGACAGACUGUUUGUACAAAAAAGGAUUACAAAUAAAGUUUACUAGGAGUGUAGGACAGGCAAUAAGAUGGAUGUUGGGCAUGGCCAGGAAACAGCCUUGGAUACAUUCCUUCUUUCUCUCUAAUAAUCCUUCUUCCAUGAGCCACCUUGACCUUUAUCUUUCUGAAAUACCACAGAAUUCCUAUAAAACCAAAACCUCUCCUGAUCAAGUUCACAUCUCUAAGGCCUGAUAAGGCCCUGUUCACCUUCUUUCACUAAUCUCCCACAGAUUGCCCAUUUUUAUACAGCAUUUUGCUGCUGUUGACCCACAUUUGUGGAUUUUGUACCAACUAGGGCAGUUUCAGAAGCAGUGGAUUCAGCCAGAAUGAGGUGAGGUGUGGUCUCCCCUGAGUGCAUUUCCUCUUUGCACUGCUUGACUAUUUGAGUAGACAUCAGAAAGGCAUCCUUAGGCUUAUCACUUUCUGUCAGGUGCAAUGCAAGUCACUUUGGCAAGGAUGAAGCUGUUCUUGUGAUGUUAAAAGAGAAGGAAACCAAAUUUUUUUUUAAUGUUUCUGUGUGUCACACAGCACCAACUCCCUAAGCACACUGACAGAACAGGAAGAGAAGAAUAUUUUGUCAAAGAAUCUCAGAAUGGUUUGGUGAAGAAGGGGCUUUUAAUGUCAUUCAGUUCCACCCCCUACCAUGAUCAGGGACACCUUCUAUGAUCCCAAGCCCCAUCCAACCUGGCCUUGGACACUUUCAGGGCUGAGGCAGCAAACUCUGGGCAAUCUGUGCCAGGGCCUCACUACCCUCUCAGGAGAGAUUGGUUGGGACUGGCUCCUACUUCUGCCUGCACCCACCAGCCUGUUUUGUCCAUCCCAGGCAGUUCAUGCCAUGCCACCACAGCCUGGGUGCCUCUGUGCCGUGGGUGUCACAAGAGGUGUUGCAUGAGGACAACGGUGACAAUUGCAACAGCCCCAGGGGGCACCUCAGCCUCUGCUGUUGCAUCAGAGAGGGAAAAGGAGAAGCCCCAGCAUCCCCACAUGGAUGGGUGGUUUUCUGAUUGGCCAAGGGGGGAAUGUGUCAGCAAAAACCAGUCAAUGUCCCCACGGCUUGCAACAAUAUAAAAUCAGAGCGUUUUGGCCAAAAAAGUGCUCCUGUAGGAGUGUGCCCUCUGUUGACAGAGUGACAAAACUAUCUUUUGUCCCCCUAAAAAGGAAAGAAGCCCAGAAGCUUCUCUCAUCAAUUAGGUGAAAAGCCACCUCAUAGGACCCAGGAGACUUCACCUCAGACUUAAGCUCUGUGAAGACCCAGGAGAAGCAGCAGCCAUGAAGAUCCUGUUCCUGCUCUUCCCCCUGAUCCUCCUGUUGGUCCAGAGUUCUUCAAGUGAGAGGAAAACUGGAUGCAGGCAAAGAGGGGGAUACUGCACUUAUGGGAGAUGCAACUUCACUGCGAGACACACUGGAAGAUGCACACGGUACAGUGUGUGCUGCAAGAGAUAAGGUCUGGAAUCCUGCCUGAGGACAGAGUUCCCUCCUUUGUCCACAAUAAAAUAUGUAGCAAAAUUA